GAGAUUUCCGCUUCAACCUCCGAGACCGAUCCACACUCACACUGUUUACAAGUCAAAUCCCCUCUCUCUCUCUCUCUCUCUCUCCCUCUCUCUCUGUGCAUUAACGGAACAUAAACAAAAACAAAAAAUGCAUUGACAAGCGCACCAAAUCCCAAACCUUCAAGAGACCCAGAGAAAUUGGAGAUCAAUAAAACAGUAGAGAAUAUGAAGAAACCCAAGAAGCAAGAAAAGCAUAAGCUGGCGAUCUGAGUAGGCGGUGGCGGCGGUGGUGGUGGUGGUGGUGGUGGAGUUGUUUUGUGGGGUGGAGUAGUGGCGGUUGCAACAUUCUUAUCGGUUUCAGAUUGAGGAAAAGACACAAACAAAAGCCACAAUCCACCACCACCACCACCAAAACCAACAAGUUCAUCAGUCUGAAGCUGAACCCAUUGCUGAUCUACUAAACAAGUUGGAAUUGAAGAAGAAGAAAAACAAUGAUGAUGAUCAAGGAAAAGGCCUUCAUGUUCUUCUUCAAGAUUAUUCUUCACCUAUAGAUUACCAUCCAAGUACUGAUGGAACAACAGAAAUGCCUGUUACCCAGAUUGAUUCCACAUCGUCAGACUUCACAAAAACUUCCAUCAUGGAUGACAACUCAGUGCUUGAUAUUAGUGGCCCAACCAAGAGCCCCACCUAUUUGGAAAUUCUUUUAUCUGAUAAUUCAAAGCCAAAAAACAGUCUCUUGAUCACUGAUUAUGGUGUCAAUAUGCAAGAGUACUCAUCACCAGUGUUGGACGGACCUUCGCUUCUCAAAUCCAGAAACAUGAACAAAAAUGAGCAUAUAGGGGACACAGUGGAUGUGGAAGAAGAUAACCCGCCAAUGGAAUUGAUUGAGAAAGGGGGAGAAGGAGAAGUGGAAGACCAUUACGAUGUAGAAAAUACUAUAGAGAUUAGUGAAGUAGUAGUUGAGACUGAUUUAGUGAACCAGUUUGCCAUGGAAGGCGACUCGAUAAUCUCUGAAGUUAUAUGGGAGGACAAGGCAGUUGAGGCACCUCAUGUGGGUCAGAUUGAGGAAGUGGACAAUAGACAUACCCAAUUGAUUGAAAUUGUUAUUGAGAAAGGGGGAUCAGAGUACAACCCAAAGAUGCAAUUGAUAUUGAAGAAGUACAAGAAAUGAUGAUGGAGGAAUUGCUGUAGAAAAAGAUGAAGCAAUUGAGACGGUACUGAGCCACAAGUGACAGUACUGAGCGAAGAAGAGCCACAAGUGACAGUACUGAGCGAAGAUGAGGAUGAGGAUGAAGAUGAUGAUGAAAUGGAUGUUAAUGAGGAUGAGGACGAGGAAGAAAUUGUAGAGAAAGGUGAAGAGAGCUCAGACGGAACAGUAGACUCGUCCAUGGAACCAAUGCUGAGCCAAUUUGGCCGGCAGAGUCAAUACAGGAAUUAUCACUUGAAUUCAAAGACUUGAAGAUCAUUAACAAGACAUUAGAUGACUAGAUUGACGAAACAGAAGACCACAGUUGCCACAGCAAUAGUAUCACAGAUGAGGGUAAUAUUUAUGUCAAUGGCCACCAUAACAAUGAAGAAACAGGAAAAUCAAUCGUGACAGCAAGCAAGGGGGUAUAAAGGAGCUUCUGGCGAGUAUUAAACUAUCAACAGACUCAUCAAACACGAGAAUUUGGAUAUGGCCAUCGUUGGUGCUGUUGGUGCCGCUGCUACUGGUGAUGCCACUGCUACUUUUACCUGCCAAUAUUGUGAAGCUUUGUCUCAUAAUCUUCUUAGUUGUGAUUCUGUCCCAAGUUUGAAAAACUACCAUAACUUAGUUGUAGUGUUUAGAAUAAAGGGAUGGUAAUAAUUUCAAAUG